CACUUCCUCAGACUGCCAGUGCCACUACUUGUCUUCCUCUUCCGUGUUUGUUGUUUUUGUUUCUUCCUCUCUUAUAUGUUCUCUCCGUCAUGAAUUUGAGUAAGUGGCUGCCUUGGAGAAGGCACCGUGCUUCCAGACAGAGGAGGAAGCAGGAGAGAGUGUGUCUUGUUCUGGAUGAGCAUGAUGCAGUACAGAAGAAAACCUUCACCAAAUGGAUAAAUGCACAGUUCUCCAAGACGGGAAAGGUGCCCAUCAAGGACAUGUUCUGUGACCUGCAGGAUGGCAAGAAACUGCUGGAACUACUGGAGGGACUCACAGGAAAUGUCCUGACCAAAGAGCGAGGGUCCACCAGAGUUCACGCCCUCAACAACGUCAACAAGGUUCUUCAGGUCCUGCAUCAAAACAACGUGGAUCUGGUAAACAUAGGUGGAACAGACAUUGUUGAUGGAAACCACAAGCUGACUCUGGGUCUCAUCUGGAGUAUUAUCCUCCACUGGCAGGUGAAGGAUAUCAUGAAGGACAUCAUGUCCAACCUGCAGCAGACCAACAGUGAGAAGAUCCUGCUGAGCUGGGUGAGGCAGUGUACCCGCUCCUACCAGGACCACGUCAACGUGCUCAACUUCACCACCAGCUGGGCCGACGGACUGGCCUUUAACGCCAUCCUGCACCGCUUCAGGCCCAAUGUGUUGAGCUGGGACAGGGUUCUGAGCCUCAGUCCAGUGGAGAGACUGGACCAUGCCUUUGCUGUAGCCAAAGACCAGCUGGCCAUAGAGAGACUACUGGACCCUGAAGACGUGGCAGUUCAGUUGCCAGAUAAGAAGUCCAUCAUCAUGUAUGUGACGUCCCUGUUUGCUGUCCUGCCUAAAGAUGUGACUAUGGAAGCCAUCAGAGAGGUGGAGACCUUGCCCCGCAGAUACAAGGUGGAGCCUGACGAGAGCAAGGCCCUCUGCAGAGCACAGGCUCGUGUUGAGAUGGAGGAAGCCGGCUCCCCCCGGGCGGAUACCCCCAGCACACUGACGGAGACGGAGGAGGAGGUGGGCAUGGAGGUGGAUCUGGACUCAUACCAGGCCACCCUGGAGGAGGUGCUCACCUGGCUCCUUUCUGCUGAGGACUCACUGCAGGUGCAGGAGGAGGUGUCGGACGACGUGGAGGAGGUCAAGGAGCAGUUCCACACACACGAGGACUUUAUGAUGGAGCUGACAGCCCACCAGAGCAGCGUGGGGAACGUGCUGCAGGUGGGCAACCAGCUCAUCUCCCAGGGCAACCUGACUGAGGAAGAGGAGGAUGAAAUCCGGGAACAGAUGACUCUGCUCAACUCCCGCUGGGAGAACAUCCGCGUGGUCAGCAUGGACCGACAGGCCAGGCUCCACGAGGUUCUGAUGGACCUUCAGCAGCAGCAGCUGCAGCAGCUCUCUGAUUGGCUGACAAAGACGGAGGAGCGAAUCAGAAAGAUGGAGAUAGAGCCAAUGGCGGGAGACGUGGAGGGGUACAAGGCCCAGAUAGAGCAGCACAAAGGGUUGCAGAAUGACCUGGAGGCAGAGCAGGUGAAGGUCAACUCUCUGACACACAUGGUGGUGGUGGUAGAUGAGAACAGUGGAGAGACUGCCACUGCUGCACUGGAGGACCAACUGCAGUCUCUGGGAGAGCGCUGGGCGGCAGUGUGUCGGUGGACAGAGGAGAGGUGGCACAAGUUACAGGACAUUCUCCUGGUGUGGCAGCAGCUGCUGGAGGACCAGAGUUUGUUCCGAGCGUGGCUGACAGAGAAAGAGGCGGCCUUAGGUGAGGUUCAGACCAACGCCUUCAAGGACCCGGGAGAGAUGAAUGCUAAUGUCCGCAGAUUAGCGCUCCUGAAGGAGGACAUGGAGAAGAAGCGGCGGACGCUUGACCAGCUGAGGGAUGCGGGACAGGAUGUGAGGUCACUGCUGAGAAGCGCCGAGGCAGGGGCGAGGAUCGAAGAAGACACAGAGGAGCUGACCCAGAGAUGGGAUAACCUGGUCCAGAGACUAGAGGACUGCUCCUACCAGGUGACGGAGGCCGUGACGAAGGCCGCUGGGAUGGCUCAGAUUGAGGAACGUGUCGCAUUGGAGACGGUCGUGAUGGAAACGGUCUCUGUGGCGGCAGCACAGCCUGAGAAGGUGCUUGACGACCAAGAGCUGGCCCCGCCCACUCCUCCCAAGAGACGACUGGUGGAGAUGGAUGAGUCGGUACUCAGGGGAGGGUUGGAGAUUGAUUUAUCUGACCUCUUGAGAUGGCUGAACACAUGGAAAGUUUCAGCUCAGACCCUGGCCUCUACUGACCCUGAAAACCCCGACCUUCAGGAAAAACUGCAGGCUUUGGAGGCACAGCUGUUGUCGAAGGAGGCUGAGGUUGGUCAGAUGACCCAAGGAGGGCGGCGCCUGUUGGAACCGCUGGAGAAAGAGGGAGUGAGUGUGGACUCUAUCAGGUGUGAUAUAGAUGUGGUGGAGGCUGAAUGGGAGGUGUGUGUGAGUGAGCUGAAGGCUCUGUGUGACUGGGUCCAGGCCCAGACCCGGGUCAGGAGCCUCUGCUCUGAGUUGGCUGCUGUGGACAAGGUUCUGGGAGAACAGGACCAGUGGCUGAGUGGAACAAACAGUACCAGAUCUGAUGAGGCUGCCCUUAGAACCCUAAGGACAGAGUGCCAGUCGCGGUUGGCCCAGCUGACUGCCCUGAGCCCACAAUUGGACCAGCUUUCUGGACAGGUGGAGUCAAUAGAUGUCCCGCCCACUCUCAGAGCCAACAUGGCCACUGUCUCUGCCCACCAGGCCUCCACACUGCAGCAGCUACAGACCAGGGAGCAGGAGAUCAAUGCAGGGCUGGCCAGCCUCCAGUAUGUUGACCACCAGAGGGCCCAGAUGAUACAGGUGGUUCAGGGUGAUCAGAUUCCUGUGGUCAGUGAGGAUGCUGUGUCUGGGGACACUGUGGAGUCUGGGACUGACCUCGUAGAUGGUCUGGAGGCUAGACUGGGCACACUGCGGGUAGCCAUCAUGGAUGUGCCUACAGCGGAGGGGGCAGUAGAGCGGGCGCAGGCUCUGUGUAUAGAGAUAGAGCAGAUGCAGCAGGCCUCAGACCCUGCAGAACUACAAAGAUGGAGUCAGCUCUCCUCCAGGGCACGCGAGGAGCUGGGCACGUUGCAGUGCAUCCUGGGUAGCCUGAAGGAUAAUCAGGUGCGUGUGGUGGAGGUGGAGCGCUGGCUGGAUGGUGUACAGGAACUGAUGUCACGGGAUGCCAAGGGCCAGGGAGACGCAGAGAGACUACAGGAAGAGCUCAACCAGUGCAAGGAGUAUGUGAGUGAGAUGGAGUCAGUGGAGAGUUUAGUGAAGCAGAUAGGAGAGAACGUAUUGGCGGUGCAGGGGGCUGCAGUACCAGAGUUGGCCCACUGGGGGCAGGCUAAACUGGAGGAGUGCCAGGGGAGGUGGGAGACACUGAGCAAACAGCUGCUGAGCCACCAGGAGCGUGUGAGUGAGAGCCAGGAGAGGCAGGUGAACCUAAGGAAAGACUUGGCAGAGAUGCAGGAAUGGAUGGCCCAGGUGGACGAGGAGUUCCUCAUGAGAGACUUUGAGUACAAGAGUCCUGAGGAGCUGGAGGGGGCACUGGAAGAGAUGAAGAGGGCGAAAGAGGAUGUGUUACAGAAGGAGGUGAGAGUGAAGAUAUUGAAGGACAGCAUUAACAUGUUGGUUGCCAAGGCUAAGACGACCCCUGGUGGCAGUGGCCAGGACCUGACAGAGGAGCUGGGGGGAGUCCUGGGGAACUAUCAGAAACUAUGUGACCGCUUCAAGAGCAAGUGUCACACCCUGGAGGAGGUGUGGUCGUGUUGGAUGGAGCUGCUGCAGUACUUGGACCUGGAGCAGGGCUGGCUCAACACGUUGGAGGAGAAGCUUCAAGCUACAGAGAACCUACCUGAGAGCACUGAGGUUGUCAACAAGGCUUUGGAGUCGUUGGAAUGUGUGUUGCGCCACCCAGGUGACAACAGGACACAGAUCAGGGAGUUGGGUCAGACCCUGAUAGAUGGGGGCAUCCUGGACGAACUUAUCUCAGAGAGACUAGAGACCUUCAACUCCCGCUACGAUCAGCUCAGCCACCAGGCUGUGAACCGUCAGAUCAGUCUAGAGCAGCAACUGGCCACUCUGAAGGAGAAUGAGCAGGUUCUCCAGGCUCUGCAGGAGUCACUGACCCAGCUAGACCACACACUCACCUCCUACCUCACCGACCGCAUAGACGCCUUCCAGCUACCGCAAGAGGCCCAGACCAUCGGGGCAGAGAUUGCGGCCCAUGAGGUGACAGUGGAGGAGCUGAGGAGUAGGAACGUGGGUAAUCUGCCUCCUGCCACCCCAGAGGGCAAGGCUGCUCGCAGUGGAACAAUGUUGGACCUGCUGCAGCGGAAGCUGCGAGAGAUCUCCACUAAGUACCAGCUGUUCCAGAAGCCUGCUAACUUUGAGCAGCGCAUGCUGGACUGUAAGAGGGUUCUAGAUGGAGCUAAGGAAGAGCUGCACAUUCUAGACGUCAGGGAGGUGGAACCCCAACAGAUCCAGGCCCACCUCAUCGGCUGUAUGAAACUGUAUAAGGUUCUGAGUGAGGUGAAGUUAGAGGUGGAGACAGUGAUAAAGACAGGAAGACAGAUCGUCCAGAAACAACAGACUGACAACCCCAGAGGCAUGGAUGAACAACUAACAGCACUUAAACUGCUCUACAACGACCUGGGAGCACAGGUGACAGAGGGGAAGCAGGACCUGGAGAAGGCUCUGUCUCUGUCUCUGAGACUACAUAAGGACAGCGCCGCCCUACAGGACUGGCUGACCACCAACCAGACCCUGCUGCAGCAGAAAAACUCCUCUGGAGAUAUGCCUGCUGAUAUCGACGCUGAGAUUGCCUGGGCCAAUGGCAUGCUGAAGGAGUCGGAGCUUCAUAAGGCAGACCUGGCUGUGCUCAUGGAGACCAGCGCUGGGCUGCAGGGGCUGGUGGAGGGGAGCGAGGGCCCUCUGGAAGACAAGCUGUGUGGCCUCAACGAAGGCUGGGGACAGGUCCGCACCUGGACCGAGGACUGGCUGAGCACCGUUCUGAGCCACCAGAACGAGGUGGAGAUCUUUGAUGAGAACCUGGCCCACAUCAGCACCUGGCUGUACCAGACCCAGAUCCACCUGGAUGAGACAGAGAGACUGCCCACAGUGGAGAGGGAGAUAGUAGUUACGACCCUGCUAGAGGAGCUGGAUGACAUCACUCUGAGAGUGGACAGUGUGAGAGACCAGGCCAUCAUCCUAAUGACCAGUAGAGGUCCUGCCUGCAGAGACGUAGUAGAACCCAAACUGGCUGAACUCAACCGCAACUUUCACAAGGUCUCCCAAUGCAUCAAAGCUGCCAAGAUGUCCACCACUCUGGAGCCUGGGACUGUGGAUAUGAUUCAGCAGAUACAACAGAUCUCUCAGAUCCCUCACCAGAUCUCUCAGCUCCAACAGGACCAGAUUGCUGAGCUCCAGCAGAGCCAGUCAGAGGAGGCCCUGAGCUCCAGCCUGAUGCAGACCUUUGAGGGGGAACUAGAGGCAACACUCAGGGCCCUAGAGGACCAGCAGGACCCCACACACACCCUGGAUGAUGACAAGAUGGAUGAGGAGAAGGCUGGCAUGGAGGAGCUGCUGAGGAGAGGAGAGGAGGUGCUGCUCCAGACUGCAGACGAGGGCCAGAGGGAGGGGCUGAGACUCCAGCUGCUCCGGCUGCAGGAGUUUAGGGUGCUGAGAGUGAGACAGGUGGAGGUCUCCAUGGACGACGACGACUCUUCAAACAGCUUCACAGAGCAGAGAGACAGACAGGACCUGACUGGAGAGCAGAUGGAGCCAGAGGACAGGGCGCCCUCUCUCAGUCCCUCAGACUACCUGCUGAAUAUCAACAAGGUUCUGCUGGCCAUGGCCGACAACGAACUGCUGCUCAACUCCUCCGAGCUCAGCAGUGGUCUCUAUGAAGACUUCUCCAGCCAGGAGGACACACUGAGGAGUAUAAAGGAGAGUCUGGAGUGUGUGGGGGAGCAGGUGACGGCGAUCCAUGAGCGCCAGCCUGAUGCCAUCCUGGAGGCGUCGCAGAGAGAGGUGGCACAGAUAGGAGACGCCCUCACCCAGCUCAACGCAGAGUGGGACCGCCUCAACCGCAUGUACAACCACCGCAAAGGGAGUUUCGACCGUGCGGUGGAGGAGUGGAGACAGUUCCAUUGUGACCUGAACGACCUGAGCCAGUGGCUGACCGACAUAGAACAGGUCCUCACUGAGGGAACAGGACCUGAUGGACAACUGGACCUGGACACAGCCAGGACACACCAGGAGGAGCUGGAGGAGGGUCUAGCCAGUCACCUGCCUGUCCUGGUCGGGUUGAGCCAGACAGGGGAGAGGAUCAUUGGGCAGCUGUCGGCCCCUGACGGGCCCCUGAUGGAGAACAAGCUGGAGGCCCUGGGACAGCGCUGCAGGGCCGUGCAAAGACAGGUGCUGGACAGACAGCGCAGGCUGGCUGGAGGUGACCCUGCCUUAUCAGAGCUGGUGAGGCGUAGUGGAGACCUGGCUCUGUGGCUGGAGGAGACUGAGUGUGCUGUGAGCUCUCUUCCUGUCACCGCUACCGACAAGAACCUCAAAGAACUCAAGGCCCUGGCUGAGGAGAUGGACGCCCAGAACGAGCGUCUUGGUUGGCUGAACAAGAACGGCCCCCAGAUUCUGGCCAAUCAGAGUGUGAGUCCUCAGGAGAGAGAUCAGCACAUGAGCAAACUCAGGACCAUCAACCUCAACUGGAGCAAGGUGACUCAAGAGUUGUUAGAUAAAGUAGGAGAGGUGGAGGGGAACCUACAGAGUCAUGGUCAGUUCCAGGACAAGAUGAACAGAAUGACCGACUGGGUCCAGGUCACACACCAGAGCCUCAGUGGGAGAGGUGUAAGCCCUGCAGAGAGCCAGGUUCUGGCAGCAGCUAUGAGGGAGCGUAAGAGAGAGCUAGAGGAACUGUUGGCCCGCUCCAUAGAACUACAAAGACGACAACAGCUGCUUCCCCUGGAGAAGAGUAAGGUAGAGCAGCUGGCGGCAGACUGGAAGGCUCUGGACGGAAGGUUGAAGGAAUCUCAACACCCACCUAUGUUGUCUCCAUUGCAACAUCCUGUUUCUUCUCCGUGGACCCAACAUGUCGCCCAACAACAACAACUCUCAGUGUCAGUGGUCCCAUCGGCAGUACAGAUGACCAGUCUGAUGAGUGAGGACCGGCACCACCAGACCCCCCGCAGCCCAGAGCUGGUGGCCCCCACAGAUCUGAACGAGACGGCCACAGAGCUGGCUGACUGGCUGCUGCUCAUCACACAGAUGCUCAAGUCCAACAUCGUUACUGUAGGGGACACAGACGAGAUACGCACCACCAUGGGACGCCUACAGGUGACUAAAAGUGACCUGGAGCAGCGUCACCCCCAGCUGGAGGACAUCUUCACUCUGGCCCAGAACAUCAAGAACAAGACCUCCAACCUGGACGUACGCACCUCCAUCACUGAGAAACUAGAGAAGGUGCAUAGCCAAUGGGACAACACGCAGCACGGCGUAGAGGCGCGUCUCCAGCAGCUGGACAGUAUGAUUGGCCACAGCGACCAGUGGGAGGAGCAGAGGCAGGAGGUGAAGGCUCUGAUUGGUCAGAACGAGGGGCGCCUGCACAACCUGCUGCAGCUCUCCAGGGAACCCCUGACCAAACAGCUCAGUGACAACAAGGUGUUCUUGCAAGACCUGGGGAGAGGUCAGGGUUCCGUGGUAACCUUUAACGAGCUGUCCAAUCAGCUCCUGCGAGAGUAUUCUGCAGAUGACACAAGGAGGAUCAAAGAGGUCACGGACAAACACAACAGAGCCUGGAACAGCGUCAACAACAGGGCUAGUGACCGCCAGGCCCAGCUGGACAGUGACCUGACUGCUCUACAGACGUCCCUCAGGGAGCUGGAGGCCUUCCUCAAGUGGCUUCAGGAGGCCGAAACUACCGUCAACGUCCUGGCCGACGCCUCCCAGAGGGAAGAGCUAUCACAGGACUCUGCCCACGUCAAGGAGCUGAGGGGGCAACUGGAGGAUAUCCAGGCGGAAAUCGAUGCCCAUAAUGAUAUCUAUAAGAGUGUGGACGGGAACAGGCCCAGGAUGGUCAAGGCCCUGGGGACCUCUGAGGAGGCUGUGUUUCUACAGCACCGACUGGACGACAUGAACCAGCGCUGGAGCGACCUCAAAACCAAGUCGGCCAACAUACGGGCUCACCUGGAGGCGAGUGCGGAGCGUUGGAGUCGUCUGCAGAGCCUGCUGGAGGAGCUGUGGAGGUGGAUCUGUCUGAAGGAUGAGGACCUGGCCAAACAGAUGCCCAUAGGAGGAGAUGUCCCCACCCUGCUGCAGCAGCACAACCACUGCACGGCCUUGCGGUCAGAGUUGAAGGACCGUGAGCAUGUUGUGGUCAGUACGUUGGAUCAGGCACGCAUGUACCUGGCUGACCAGCCCAUCGAGGGGCCGGGAGAACCACGCAAGAACCUACAGCCCAAAACAGACCUGACUCCAGAGGAGAAGGCGCGGGGUGUGGCCAGGGCCAUCAGGAAGCAGACAGCGGAGGUGCAGGAGCGUUGGGAGCGUCUGCAGGGCCACGCAGGUGGAUGGCAGAGCCAGGUAGAGAGGGCCUUAGAGCGGCUACAGGAGCUCCAGAGCAACAUGGACCAGCUGGACCUGCGGCUAGCCAGGGCAGAGGAGACCAAGGCUGGUUGGCAGCCUGUAGGAGACCUGCUCAUAGACUCACUGCAGGACCACAUAGCGAAGACCACGGUCUUCAAGGAGGAGAUGUCCCCUCUGAGGCAGGACGUGUGUGAGGUGAACGAGCUGUCUGGUGAGCUGGCUCCUCUGGAUGUCCAGCUGUCCUCCAUCUCCUCCAGACAACUGGACAACCUCAACAUGCGCUGGAAACUACUACAGGUGGCCGUUGAGGAGAGACUGAAACUCCUUCAGGAAGCCCACAGAGACUUUGGCCCGUCCUCCCAGCACUUCCUCUCCACCUCUGUGCAGCUCCCGUGGCAGAGAGCCGUGUCUCAGAAUAAGGUUCCAUACUACAUCAACCACCAGACUCAGACUACCUGCUGGGACCAUCCAAAGAUGACAGAGCUCUACCAGUCGCUUGCCGACCUGAACAACGUGAGAUUUUCCGCUUACAGAACAGCCAUGAAGAUCCGUAGGCUACAGAAAGCACUGUGCUUGGAUCUGUUGGAUCUGAAUGUGGCCCAGAGCACCUUCGAGCAGCACAAGCUUACCCAGAAUGCCCAGCUGCUGACGGUACCGGAAGUGAUUAACUGUUUGACGUCCAUCUAUGAUGGGCUGGAGCAGCAGCACAAGGACCUGGUCAAUGUUCCACUGUGUGUCGAUAUGUCUCUCAACUGGCUGCUCAAUGUAUACGACACCGGCCGCAGUGGGAAGAUCCGUGUCCUGUCCAUGAAGAUAGGAUUGCUCUCGCUCUCCAAGGGCCAUCUGGAGGAGAAAUACAAAUACCUGUUCAGUCAGGUGGCGUCGUCGGGGGAUACGUGUGACCAGAGACAGCUGGGUCUGCUGCUCCACGACGCCAUCCAGAUACCACGGCAACUAGGAGAGGUCGCUGCCUUCGGAGGGAGCAACAUUGAACCCAGCGUCCGGAGCUGCUUCCAGCACGUGACAAAUAAGGUGGAGCUGGAGCCCAGGCAGUUUGUUGAUUGGAUGAGGCUGGAGCCCCAGUCUAUGGUGUGGCUUCCUGUCCUACACAGAGUGGCGGCUGCUGAGACCGCCAAGCACCAGGCCAAGUGUAACAUCUGUAAAGAGUGCCCCAUUGUAGGGUUCAGGUAUCGCAGUCUGAAGCACUUUAACUAUGACGUGUGUCAGAGCUGCUUCUUCUCUGGACGAACCGCCAAGGGCCACAAGCUCAACUACCCCAUGGUGGAGUACUGCACGCCGACUACUUCGGGUGAGGACAUGCGUGAUUUCACCAAGGUGCUGAAAAACAAGUUCCGCUCCAAGAAGUACUUUGCCAAGCACCCACGGCUGGGCUACUUACCGGUCCAGACGUUUCUAGAAGGAGACAAUAUGGAGACUCCCGUCACUCUCAUCAGCAUGUGUCCGGAGCAGUAUGAGCUUUCCCAGUCACCCCAGUUCUCUCAUGAUGACACUCAUUCCAGGAUAGAGCAGUAUGCUAGCAGGCUGGCUCAGAUGGAACGCUCCAACGGUUCUCUGCCCACUGACAGCAGCUCAGCUACAGGAAGCAUGGACGAUGAGCAUGCUCUGAUCCUGCAGUACUGCCAGACCCUGGGGGGGGAGGGGUCUCCCUGCAGCCAGCCCCAGAGCCCCGCCCAGAUCCUACAGGCCGUGGAGAGGGAGGAGCGUGGGGAGCUGGAGCGAAUCAUCCAGCGCCUGGAGGAUGAGCAGAGGACCCUGAAAAGGGAGUAUGAACAGCUGAAGGAGCAGCACGGGGACCAGCGAGGGCCUGGGUCUGUGGGGCAUUGGGACCCUGAGGGGUCCUCUCACCCCGGGGGUCCUGGCGAGGCUGACCUGCUGGCUGAGGCCAAACUGCUCCGGCAGCACAAGAGCCGUCUGGAGGACCGCAUGCACAAACUGGAGGAGCACAACAAGCAGCUGGAGUCCCAGCUCCACCGGCUCAGGCAGCUACUGCACCAGCCGGAGAUGGACUCCAGGGUGAAUGGAGUGUCGUCCCCCAGCAUGCAAGAACGAGGGGCCCUCACCGAACACACAGAUGAGCUGUUGGACCACCCACACAACCGCAGCUCUGACCUGGCAGACAUCAUGGAACAGAUAAACCACACCUUCCCUGCAUGCAGUCCUUCAAGCCUCUCCUCGAGACCACAGGUGAUGUGAGAGCCAUCAGCAAAGAGGAAGGUGUGUGUGUUUUCUGAGAGACAGAAACAUUUCCAAACACACAGCUUCUACGCUUUCCCUCGCUAAACUUUUCAGAAGGACAGAUGGAGAGCUAGACCCCCUAGCAAGAGACCCCCGGUAAAACCCAAAGACACACAGGACCGCAGAACUUUACUACUAUUACCACGUCGUCGUCUUGUACUAUGCAAAAUGUACAUUUUAUUAACUGUAGAUUGUACCUGGAGUCGGUUAAACAUUUGUCAGUAAUUUGUAUGAAUUUGCCGAUGAUUAUGGGGGUUCGGGGGCUUUGUAUAACAACAUAUGGUUUUUGUGGGAUUUGUUUUGUUUUUUGUUCUGCUUUCACUGGGAAUCAAACUCCUCCCUGCUUCUACCCUACUGCCGUCAUCACGGGGGACAUGGUAACUGUUUUUAUAUCCAAUUUGGGGAAGGUGGCCCAUUUUAAGAUUAUCGCCUCAAAUGAUCGUUUUAGACAAUAAGCUCUGUGUCUGUCCUCAAAGCAUCACAUUUGUUUUGAAAAUGUUUUUCCUCCCUUUAAAGCGUUAUUCAUGCGAUUCUGUCGGCGUUGUCAUGCCUGCCGCAAUUGCGACGUUAACGUAACCCCUUCUGUGCCUAUACAGUUGUCAUUCCAAGUGUGGCAGACUGAUUUAACGUUGUAGUAAUUAAGUUGGAUUGUUGUAUAAAGGAGAGAGGGGCGGAAACUAUAAAUUAAUGGAACCUUAAGCUGUUCUGAAAUAAUCACAUUUGUAAGAGGCCCACGGUCCAUCAUUGUGUAGAAUAGUUUUAUAAAUAUAUGUUUUAAAAAAAAUCAGAAGAAAGCCAUGAUUGCCUUGCUACCUCAGACAAACACCUUUUCAUUUGUGUGGUCUGUAACUUGUUUAAUUUCCAUUUUACUGUACUCACAACAAGAAAACAAACCGAAAAGCAUUCUAAACGUGUUGCUUAUAGAGGUGUACUGCGGUGGGGAGAUACCCAACAGAGUAAAAUAACAGACAAAACACAAAGACAUCCUAUUAGCUUACCACCCAUGGGUCUUGUGGUCUUUCUACGCUGCCCCGAAUCGGUAUACUGUGUCUGGCUCUGUUGAUUUCCCCCUGUCAGACCUCUAGCACUGCUCUCUCUGAGUUAUGCGUUGUGUUUUGUGCUAUGCUAUUCUGUAAAACUUGUUAGUUUUAACAACGCUAUUAUAACCUCCUCCAACUAUGUCCUUGGACUUCUGAUGAUGAUAAUAUAGUGUACAAUGGCAGAACAGCGUCUUUCCUGAGGUAUGUAGUAUAGAUUGACCACACUACAUGUAAUAUGGCUACAUACUGUAUGUUUUAUUCUAAAUAAAUUUUUAUAACAAC